AUGAAAUUUCUCGUCAACAAGUUUUUACUUAUGAUUUCAGGGCACUCACGAUACAAAACUGCGCCGAGAUUUUUAGAGCCAGAAGAUCCCAAUAAUGAAUUUCCGAAAUUAGAUCCACAGUGGGAUGGCUGGCUGAGAGGAACUCGAAAACUACCGCCAACAGAAGAUGAAAUAGCUAAAUAUGAACGACGAUAUCAACGUCUCUCUGAAAAGGAAGUUUUUAUGGAUCCAUCGAGUUAUGGUUUGGCGUCUCCUUCCGGAAGUGAAAAACCUUAUCCUACACGACCAGAAUAUGAACACUCUGGUAUUGAAAAAUCAUUUCAAUAUAUUCAUCGAGUGAAAAAGAUUGAAAACAGUAGAAGUAGUUGUUUCAGAAUGAAUGGAAAUGACAUAUCGGACAAUAACAACAACUAUCACUCUAACACGAGUCCUUCUAAUCUAUUAACUCGUACAACGAUACGUGAAGCCAAUAUACAUUUACAACUUUUACAUUCACGAAACCAAGAGUUAGAAAAAAUACUUGAAACGCAACAACAAACAAUUAAACGUCAAGAAGAUGCACUGAUGAAAAAAGAUCAAGAUUAUAUGGAAUUAUGUAAAAAAUUACGAUUUUUAGAACGUCAUUGUGAAAAUUUACAAUUACUAUUACAUGAAAAAGACAAACGUUUAAUUAUUUAUGAUAGAAAAGAUGCCAUUUUUUCUGAAACACUUGAGUUACGACCAGCUAUUGAACAGCUACUGGAUAUUUUAAAUACAUUUGAAUUAGAAGAUCAGAUUGUAUCAGUUAAUAUGAAUAACUCAAUUCAACAUUUAAUAAACCAUAAUAGUAAAACAACAACAAAUGCAAUAAUUUCAAAUAAAAUACCGUUGGAAUUUGUACAAAAUAAAAAUGGUCUCAGUAAACAUACGAUAAAUGAUAAUUUUACAACAAAGAAAAUAACAAGAAGAUUAGAAAAACAACAACAAAGAUAUCGUGUACAAAAAGAAUUAUUCUCUCAACCACAGCUAAAUGAUGAACAAUGGUCAACAGUGUCUGAUGAUCAAGAGCAGCAAAACAAGACAGCUACCACAACGCAAAUUAAUUUGGAAAAUUGA